AUGUCUGUUGGCAGGGUGAUGAGGGGCGACGCCAUGGCGGGGAAGUCGCUGCCGGAGCAGAACAGCCGCACGGCGCUGACGCUGGGCGACGGCUCCCCGGCGCGCGUGUGGCCGCAGGCGCUCGCCGCGGGCGUCGCGACGUUGGGUGCGCUGAGUGUGGGCACGUGCCUGGGCUGGAUGUCCCCCGCCCUGCCCCUGCUGCAAGACAAAACGAGUCAUUUUCUGGUCAGCGAUGAAGAGGCGUCUUGGAUAGCGGUGCUGGUCGCGGCGCUGCCGUGGCUGCCCGAGUCGCCCGUAUGGCUGCUGGGGCGCGGGCGGGACGCCGAGGCGGCGCGCGCGCUGCGUUGGUUCCGCGGCGGCGCCGACCCGGAAUUCGAGCUGCUGCGCCUGCGCGCCACGCUCAACACGGCGCCGUCGCGCGCCAGCGCCGCCAGCGUAGACGCCCUGCGGCGCGGCGGCCUGCGGCGCGCGCUCGCCCCCGACCGCGCCGGCGCCCGCGCGCUGCUCGUCGUGCUGGGGCUCAUGGCCGUGCAGCAGCUCAGCGGCAUCAACGCCGUCAUCUUCUACCUGUCCGCCAUCUUCGCCAACGCCGGCAGCGCGCUCUCGCCCGCCGUGCUGGCGACGGCGUCGGGCGCGGCGCUGUCGGACCGCGCGGGCCGCCGCCCGCUGCUGCUGCUGUCCGCCGCCGUCAUGGCGCUGUGCCUGGGCACGCUGGGCUGCUGCUACCAGUGGCCGCACGCGCUGCCCGGCUGGCUGCCGCUGCUCACCGUCGCCCUCUUCCUCGUCGUCUUCUCGCUGGGCUUCGGCCCCGUGCCGUGGCUCAUGAUGGGCGAGCUGCUCGCGCCCGAGGUGAAGGCGAGCGCUUCGGCCCUGGCGGUCACGCUCAACUGGAUGCUGGCCUUCGGCGUGACGAAGACGUUCGGCCCGCUGCUGCGCCUGCUGGGCAGCCCCGGCACCUUCUUCGCCUUCUCGGCCAUCUGCGUCGUGGGCGCCCUCUUCGUGCUGCUCCUGGUGCCCGAGACGAAAGGCAAGGACCCGACCACCAUCCAGGCCGAGCUGGCGGGCCGCCAUGGCCACCAGCGCGUGGGCACCAAGCCGGUGUAGCAUUCGCACAAGAUGGCCGACUCGAUUGAUCCUGAGACUGAAAUAUAGCAUCUCCAAGCCCACGAGUGGUUUUGUUGCGUGCUGUUAGAGUUGGCAAGACAGUUUUGUAAAAAUUGAAAACCAUCUCUCUCAAUGUUUUAAUAAUUUUUCGAUGAGAUAUGUGUGUACAGAACAGUGAUUUAAAAUAAUUAUUAGAUUUAUUAUUAUAUAAUUCGUGCAAUUGCAAUGUUACUAUACUGAAUAAUACCAUCCACAUAUGAAAUAGUUAACUUAAAACGCUAUGCAGAAAAGUAUGCUCUCGUUGUCAAUCUCUUAAAUUGAAUCGGAUCGAAAAUUGGUUCAGUUAGUUUGCAGAUGAUUAUCUGCUUACGACUGACAAUUUUUAUCCUCUUUUCAGCAAGGUCUAAUGUACCGAUGUACCUUAAGAGACCCAAACUACACAAAGUCUUUACCAGUGUUUUGAGCUGUGCUGCAACCCAUUUGCCGCAGAACACUAACCAAUCGACGAACUUUCGUUCCAAUGCAGUACGACGCUGGAAUUACACAUAACAUAUUGGAGGAGUAAAACUCCUCGAAGACUCAGUACCCUAAAGUACUCAUUUCUUCGUGAUGUUAGAGAUACUCGUAUGUUAUUGGAAAGAGGUAGUAUGUAUGUUAUAUCUAUUGAAAUGUGGGAUUUCUUUGUCGCUUUUGAGUUCCUAAUGCAAAUAGAAACGUUACAAGUAUGUUUUCGUCAUAUAUAUCUAACACCUUAUUAUCAAUAACUUCGCGAAAAAUAUAGAUUAUGCAAUUAAUGAGACUCGUGUAAAAAUAUAGGGACGAUGAUCAAUUGAAUCUCUUGUAAGAAGUUCAAUAAUGCACGAAGCAUAUUCGCAAAAAAUGAACUUCCAAACAACGAUAAAAUCGAUAUCUGGUUAAAAGACUGAAUAACACAAAUAAACCACUUUUCCGUUUCGAGUCGUAUGUUAAAAAUAUCUAAAAUAUGUUACUGACCGAUCGUGAAAUUCCAAUAAUUAAAAAACGUUCCCUCUUCUUUUCUCUUAGUUAUAAAUUUUAAAUAUGCUUAAAUUAUCAGUAGUAUAUUUCGAAAUACUGCAACUAUUUUUUAGAAUUAUUUUUAAUUACAUUGACUUGAAACACAUUUUUUCUA